CACACUCCGAAGUCUCAAUUCAGUAGUUGCCUUCGAUACCUAGACUAUACUAGCUAGGUGGGUCCCUGUUCGAGGUGAUCAUAGCGCGUGUUUUAGUGGUUAGUGUUACGUAGUAAGAUACCAUCAAAUCACAGUUGUCAAAAUAUUUAUUAGCCGAUAAAUGCGAUUCGCAAGUUCAAUUAAACCAAUGUGCACAUAUAAAACAGAAGACUGAAAGACGACAAACUUAGUGUUUUCAUUUUCUGUGACUGCAUCUCCCAAAUCAAAACAAGAAUACAAAAUGACUAGUCGGAUUUUUCGCAUACAUGGUAACUUUUGCACUUCUCACCCUUGGGAAGUAAUAGUAGCUACCCUAACUCUCACUGCCUGUAUGAUGACUGUGGAUUAUCAAUAUCAAGCACCACCACCAAAACCUACUGUAAGAUCAUGUGGAGACUGCAUAGAAGAGGCUGAAUACCAUGCUGCCGAUCUGAUAACGAUGACCCUCAUAAGAAGUCUAGCGAUACUUUUCGGAUAUUAUCAAUUCAAUCGAUUACGAAAAUUAGAUAACAAAUACAUUUUGGGUAUAACAGGACUCUUCACUGUAUUCUCCAGCUUUAUAUUCACCUCUGCUGCUAUCAAUCUACUAGGUAUUCGUGUUAGCGAAUUGAAGGAUGCAAUUUUUUUCUUCCUUCUCCUUAUCGAUUUACCGAAAGCAGUCAUGUUAGCUCGUUUAGCUCUGAAUGCUUCCAAUCAAGAAGAAGUCAAGACGAACAUUGCAAGGGGUAUGUCGGUUGUUGGACCCACCUUAACUUUGGAUGCAAUCGUAGAAACACUAGUUAUUGGUGUUGGAACUUUAUCCGGUGUUCACCGCUUGGAAAAAUUGUCCUACUUUGCCUGCAUCUCAGUUUUAGUGAAUUAUGUUAUUUUUAUGACUUUUUACCCAGCUUGCCUGUCGCUAAUACUAGAGUAUUUUCAGUUGUCCCGCACUGCCAAUUCUUAUGCUAGACGGGGAUCAGCACUGAUAGCCAGAAUUCUCAAAGAAGAAGAUCAUAGGUUCAAUCCUGUUGUUCAGAGGGUCAAGGUCAUAAUGACUGCUGGUCUAAUGAUGGUUCAUGUACACAGCCGGUGGUCUUUGAGGGAUUACGAAAAUCGAACACCGAAUGUAAUUGAAGAUCACAUCGCUUUCAAUGGUACUGAAGAAGCAACAGCUGUUCAUGGACAAAUCAUGAAAUGGAUGGCUCUUGGAGCUGACCAAAUCGUGAUUCUGAUCCUUUUGCUGGCCCUCAUCAUAAAAUUCGUGUUCUUCGAGGACAAACAAGAACUAACAGAACAGUUGCUCACUACUGAAAUAGUGGAGAGAAGAACUGAAAUGCCAAAGAAAGAUAGUAGAAGGAGAAUCCACAGAAGUUUCUCUCUGAUUUCAACAAAUAGUUCGUCCUCUGGUCAAGCUUCUUCAGGAGAUGAUGAAGACAAAGAUUCCAACAAGGUGGACAAAGAAAUUCAAACUGAUUGUUUCCCAGAAAUAUCGGAUGUUGAAAGUUCAUCUCCUGAAGAUGACAGAAUGGGCGAAACGUGCCGCAGUAUAGAGGAAUGUCUGAGCAUUUAUAACGACACAGACUUAGGAGCAUCAUUCCUGAGGGACGAGGAGGUCAUUAUGUUAGUAGAUAAUAAGCACAUACCUGCUUAUCAACUUGAAAAAGCUGUAGAAGAUGCAGAACGUGGUGUUGGUAUCAGAAGAAGAAUCUUAGGGUCACAAGCUAAAGUCACCAAGGCUCUAAUAAACCUCCCAUAUAAGAACUACAAUUAUGAACAGGUGAUGGGAGCUUGUUGUGAGAACGUAAUAGGAUAUCUACCAAUCCCUGUUGGCUACGCUGGACCUCUAAUUCUCGACUCAAAAGAGUUUUAUGUUCCAAUGGCCACCACCGAGGGUUGCCUGGUGGCGAGUACGAAUAGGGGUUGUCGCGCCCUUAUGAAGUGUGGAGUAACCAGUAGCGUGGUGGGAGAUGGUAUGACAAGGGGCCCCGUUGUUAGAUUCCCCUCGAUCAAGAAGGCUAGUGAAGCGAUGAAAUGGAUGCAAACACCAGCAAAUUUCGAAGUGAUGAAAAAAAAUUUCGAUUCCACCAGCAGAUUCGCUAGAUUGGAUAAGAUACUGGUCAAAAUAGCGGGAAGAUAUCUGUUUAUUAGAUUUGUAGCUAGAACUGGAGACGCUAUGGGAAUGAACAUGAUUUCAAAAGGUACAGAGAUAUCCCUUAAAGGAGUACAGGAGAUCUUCCCUGAGAUGGAGAUCUUAAGUCUUUCUGGAAAUUUCUGUACAGAUAAGAAGCCUGCAGCUGUAAAUUGGAUCGAAGGCCGUGGUAAAUCUGUCGUGUGUGAAGCAGUAGUGCCGGCAAAAGUAGUUUCCUCAAUCCUAAAGACAAAUGUGCACACAUUGGUAGACGUGAACAAUUCGAAAAAUAUGAUUGGAUCAGCCAUGGCAGGAAGUAUAGGUGGUUUCAAUGCGCAUGCAGCCAACAUAGUUACAGCAGUAUUCAUAGCAACAGGUCAAGAUCCUGCACAAAAUGUCAGCAGCAGCAACUGUAUGACUCUUAUGGAACCUUGGGGGUCAGAUGGAGAAGACUUGUAUAUAUCUUGUACGAUGCCAUCUAUAGAAAUUGGCACAAUUGGAGGUGGAACCGUUUUACAAGCCCAAGGGGCUUGUCUGGACAUGUUGGGGGUGAAGGGUGCUAAUGUUGAAAAACCAGGAGAGAAUGCCAGUCAACUAGCUAGAAUUGUAUGUGCUACAGUAUUAGCUGGCGAACUAUCUUUAAUGUCUGCAUUAGCCGCCGGUCAUUUGGUGAAAAGCCAUCUGAGACACAAUAGAUCAAGAACAGUACUGCCAACUGAAAUCAGUCCACAAUUAUUAUUACCUCCAUGUAUUGACAAUAAUAUUUAAAGUGAUUCUAGAAUAAUUAGCUUUAAUAUUUAAUAAUUAUAAGGAGGUUCAGUGAACUUCGAUUUGUUAAGUUUGUUACUAAUAUUUGUACAUAUUCUUCUCCAAUAUAUACUUCUACAAAACCAA